AUGAAAAACCUGACGGAGCCACUUAAUCUUAUAGUCGCGUGUGGCUCCUAUGAUGGCACCGUUUUCGCCAUGACCCACGAGCACACUAAAAUCAACCCCGAUGGUCCAUCCCUUCUAAAGCCACUCUUUAUUGAUCCAGACGCGCAUCCUUCGCCCAUUACAGCUCUGGCUCUUGGCGGCGAUCUUAUUGUGUCUGGGAGUUCGGAUGAGGUCAUACAGGUUUUCUCUGUUUCUCGACGCGUUCGUCUGGGCUGUCUUGAGCUACACACUGGAUGUGUUCGUCAUCUGCAAUUUGCCCCCGACCUUGGCUCCACCAACGGGCAGCCGCACCACCUUCUCAGCCUCGGGGAAGAUGCCUGCUUCGCAAUUUGGCGCCAGCAAGCCCCCACGCCAGCAGGAUCAGGCUCUGAAGCUGCAAACAAGGCUUCUUCUGCACGUGUACCCACUUGGCAGUGCAUUCGUCAAAUGCGCCGACACAAAGGUCCCAUCAACGCUUUUGCCCUGCACCCCUCCUGCCGUCUUGCCUUCACUCUGAGCGAGGAUAAGACCCUGCGUGUGUGGAAUCUUCUCCGCGGUCGCCAGGCCUACACCGUACGACUUAAGACCCUGGCCAAUGGAGCCACGGAUGUGUCCUUCACGCCUUCUGGUCGCUACCUUCUCAUGCUGUGGCCUAAUCGCUUAGAUCUGGUCGAUCUUGCACCUCCGACCGGCGCCGUCGCAGUCAAACCGAUAGCCACUUGCGAGUUUGAAAGGCCCUUCUCCGCGUUCCCAGUUGUCUUCCACGAGGACGAUCCCUCUACUGUUGCCUGUCCUUACCUCUACCUGCUGGCCGCUUUCGGCAACAUGCUGCGGGCCUUUCGCUGUCCUCUGGGGUCUGACGUGAAGCAGCGGGAAGUA